GUGGUGAAAUAAACACGCUUCAGCCAAGGCUCAGCUUUUAUUGCACAAUUGUGACUCUUUUGACGAAUCGCCCGUAGCGCGCAUAGACCUGAUUUCAAUUACCUUCACCCGAUUAAUUAAUCCGUGUGAAAUUAUGUCCCGAUCGGCGCAGAUCCAGCCGGCAAGAUGAUGAUUUCACCGAGGAGAGGCUCUGAUCGUGUACCCGACUCGGUGGUCCUGGUGAUCUUGGUGGUCGCCGCUUCUCUUGGUACCGUUUUCGCCAAGGAUACUGCCUUUGUGGAAGUGGUUCUGUUCGAGUCCAGUCCCAAUGGAGAUUAUACUACUUACACGACUGGCUUGCAAGGACGGUUCUCCAAAGCAGGAGCCACUAUCAGCGCGGAGGGGGAGAUCGUUCAAAUGCAUCCUUUGGGAUUAUGUAACAAUAACGAUGAGGAGGACCUAUAUGAGUACGGAUGGGUUGGAGUGGUGAAGCUGGAGCAACCCGAGCUGGACCCCAGUUGUCUCACCGUGCUGGGAAAGGCAAAGAGAGCAGUGCAGAGAGGAGCCACAGCCGUCAUCUUUGAUGUGUCAGAAAAUCCAGAUGCCAUCGACCAGCUGAACCAGGUUGCCGAGGAUCCCCUGAAGCGGCCGGUUGUGUACGUGAAGGGCAACGAUGCUGUGAAGUUGAUGAACAUCGUCAACAAACAGAAAGUGGCCCGGGCUCGCAUACAACACAGACCACCGAGGCAGCCCACGGAAUAUUUUGACAUGGGUAUCUUUCUGGCUUUCUUCGUGGUCGUGUCGCUGGUUUGCCUCAUUCUGCUCAUCAAGAUCAAACUCAAGCAAAGGAGAAGCCAGAGCUCGAUGAACAGAAUGGCCAUCCAGGCUUUGGAAAAGAUGGAGACACGAAAGUUCAAGGCCAAAGGAAAAGCCCAGCGUGAGAGCAGCUGUGGAGCCUCUGAUUCACUGAGCAGCAGCUCCACCUCUGACUGCGCCAUCUGUCUGGAGAAGUACAUUGAUGGGGAGGAGCUGCGAGUCAUCCCCUGUGCACACAGAUUUCAUAAAAAAUGUGUCGAUCCCUGGCUGCUCCAGCAUCACACCUGUCCCCACUGUAGACAUAACAUCAUUGAACAAAAGAAGGGAAAUCCGGGACCAGCAUGCAUGGACCCCGGCAACCCAGUCCAUGGCCGGCAGCAGAGGGUGGUGCUGCCCGUCCAUUAUCCUGGCAGGGUGCACCGUGCAGGCCAGGUGACAGCCUACCCAACCAGAACAAGCAUGGACCCGCAUGGAAACCCCAUUACUGUGCUCACUGUGGACCAGCACCCAGAUCCUCAAGGUUUGUACCCACCCCAAUCAACGUCUGCCUUCCUCCGGAGCUACCACCCCACCCUCCAUCUGGACCACUCACUCAACCCUCACCAUUGCGGAUUGGAGCACCGUGGACCCCCUGCCUACCAAGCACAACCGCAUCACGCUGCUUUUAAACGACCCAAAUUCCACGGGCGCAACUUCUCCCGAGCAGCCUGCUUCUCGCAGUACGAGACUAUGUACCAGCACUACUAUUUUCAGGGGUUGACUUUCCCUCAGCAACCUGAGGGUGGCCAAGGGCCUGCGAUGGCAGGACAGCUUGGUGGUGGAGCAGGGGCUCAUAAGGGCCACCACAGCAGGGCCUUCCAGCAGGGACUGUUAUACCCCACAGUGGUACACAUGGCACCUGCCUCUUCUUCAAGGAUAGGUGAUACCGGCAGCACUUCUGGCCUGAGCUGUUACCAUGGCCACCGCUCAGUGUGCAGCGGUUACCUCGCUGACUGCCCUGGUAGUGACAGCAGCAGCAGCAGCUCAGGCCAGUGUCACUGUUCCUCCAGUGACUCCAUGUUGGACUGUACUGAGGUCAGCAACCAGGGGGUGUACGGUAGCUGCUCUACUUUCCGCAGCUCGUUGAGCAGUGACUACGAUCCUUAUGUCUACCGAAGUAAGAGCCCAUGUAGGGGCUCCGCAGGGGAAGCAGGGGCUACGGGUUGCACCUCAGUUCCUGCUGAGGACUCGUCAUCCCCUGCUCCCUUGGGACAUGAUUGCCUCCAGCUUCCUCCUGGGGCUUCGGGAUAUAACUCGGGGGACCACCUCUCCAACUGCAGCUUGGAGCCCAAUUACAGCAGUCGCUCAUCACUGGAACCCAGGGAGAACAGCAACACUAGCACUACCUCAGGCGGGGCUCCAGAGGCUAUCGGAGCAGACAGGGGGAAGGGGGCACAAGACGAGUCAGGGGAGCUAGGGGCUGCAGCCUGUAGCUGCUGCUUCGAGGUGCUUCCUCCCAAUGUGGAGUGCAAGGGGCAGGACUUGGACCAAGCUGGGCCUCUGGCCUCAGGACACUGUCACAGGGGGAUGGAAUUUCAGAGCUCCACCUCCAAGAACUACUUUGUUUCUGAGCACAUGUGCCCUUCCUCGGAGCAGGUUAGCUACGAAGGGCUACCUUGCUGUUUCUACAAAGAGAUGAAGGUCCACAGGGCCACAGCAGGGCGCUACACAGAGGACUACGCUGUUAAUGUGCAGUAUGCGCAUGCAGACUCGGAAACCUGUUCUGGACAGGCCUGCUGUGAACUGAACCAGAGAAUACCCAUAAUUCCUGAGGACACAGAUUGUGAAAUGGGCACAGGGGCAGAGACCCAGAGCAGUUUAUUGCCUGUCAAUGUCACAGUGGAGGCAGAAUUGCGGACAGGGGAGCGACAUGAGACCAGGGAGGGGUAUUUCACCUCAGGACAGUUUAGAGGUCAGCCAUACCCUCAGGAGGAGGAGACCAGGGCUUUAUUUCACCCUCAGCUCUCUGGAAGCCCCAAUGCAUUGGGAAGCAGUACAACAAAUGAUGGAGGUCUGGGUAUAUGAACUUGAGUCCAGAGAAAAGGAACUCAGUCAAAAGUAUGUAUUUGGUACCGUAUCAGUCAGUCAGUCAAUCAUUGAAACCCUCAGUUGCCUUGUUCUAACCGUGCUCUCUGAGCGCUGAAUGUUUUCAUCUUAGAUUGUGUGG